AUGGAGUUCAAGGGCAGUGCUAAUAGAAUUCGAAAGUGUGCAAGUGAAUUAAUGUCAAUUGGCGAUGACUUGAUGGAUGAUAGUGAGUCAUGGGAAUUUGUUGGGAAAGAUCUUCAGCUCAAAUCGACGUUAUUGUAUUGUGACUUCGACAAAGUGAUAUCUGGUGCUUCAAAGGAUCUAAAGAGCUCUCUCACUGAACUUGCAAAUAGGUUGUUUUGGGCAAUUGAAGAGUUGGAUUUAGCGGUGAAAGUUCAGAGUAUCCAGCAAGCACAAAAUAGAUUUAGUGACCUUGCUCUUGUUUUGGAAGAAGUUAUUGAGACUGAACUCAUGCCUCCGCUCGUGGCUUCAAGUGAUGCGACUGAUGAUGACUCGACAGAUGAUGACUAA